AUGUCGACCCCAUCAAAACGUCAGUCUUUGGGAAUCUCGGGGACGCAUAAACAAGCUCUUCGAGUUUGGGCACAAAGUCAAAGUCCCCGUCCAUCGCAAUCCCAAUGUUCUGCUUGGUUUGAACGAACUUAUGGACGAAGCCUCUCCCAAUCGACCAUCUCCACAAUCCUAUCCAAAAGGUUCGGCCACCUUGAUGCCGGUCCGGCAACUACCUUUAGACGUCAAUUGGCACCACAAUGGCCCCUCCUGGAGACACCACUUUAUGAAUGGCUCGCAAGACAGGAAGGCCCAACACCUACGGCCGAUGCUAUUAUUACCAAAGCGCGCGAAAUCUGGAAUCAAAUUCCAGAAUACCAGACACUGCCACUUCCUCACUUUAGUAAUGGGUGGCUGAACAGAUUCAAGAAACGAUAUGCCACUCAAGUCCAUGAUCAGCAAGAUGGCGUGUCUCAACCCCCACUGCAAACAGGUCGCAAGGAAUUGAAAGCCCUGAAAACGCUAUGUGGUGAAUUCCCAGAAGACGAUAUCUACAAUAUGGACGAGACCGGUCUUUUCUGGCGAAAGCCUCCGUUCGGCGCUUCGCCUGUCCAGGACCAAUUGAUAACAAACAGGGAAAACUCCCGCAUCUGUCUCAUGCUCUGUACAAACAGCACUGGAUCAGACCGGUUACCCCUUUGGGUCAUCGGACAUACCCAUACGCCAGAGGCACUUCGCAAGGUGAACCUCAAAGCCAUGGACUGCCAUUGGCGAUAUCAUAGGCAAGCCUGGCUAACUCAAUCGAUCAUGGAAGAAUGGUUGCUCUUCUUCUACAAUCAUGUAGGUGAGCGCAGAGUUUUGCUUCUGCUGGACAAUCAUCCAGACCACCAAGCUGCCAUCGAGGCUAUGCCGCCGCCUCCCAAUGUUCACGUUCAACUAUUUCCCGCUCAAACUCCCAGUGCGAAUCAGCAACAGCCGAUCAACUUGGGAAUUUCCCACACUCUCAAACACUACUAUCGCAGGCAAUGGCUAGCGUACAUUGUGGCGGGUAUGGAAUCGCCCCAAAACCCAGUCCACAUGAUGAGUCUUUAUCACACUAUAUCUUGGGCAACCCGAAGCUGGCGUCACGAUAUGGCAAACGCCAUUAUCUACAGAGCGUUCCGGAAGAGCAGUCUUCUAGACCCUCAAAUUGAGUUCAUCACUGCCCCAAAAUCACCGGAUCUCACAACUCUCUACGAGACCGUCACACGAAACAACCCUGAUGGCCGACCGGUCACCAGCCUUGAGAACUUCACUCAUCCCGUGGACGAGGAUUUCGAGGGUGCCUCAAAUGUCGCCGGGUUUAUCGUUGAUGUUGAACCUACUCCCCAGGACCUAGAUGACGCAAUUGUGGCUAUCCCGUCGGAGCAACUCAUACCUCCUGCUAUGGAUGCGGUCAUUGGGAUACAGACGUCCAUCCGAUACUUAGUACAUCAGCCUUGGGCUACUGAAAAGGACCUUCAAUCUCUCGAGAGAAUAGAGAGAAUGAUCAAUCGUCUCGCUAUUGAGGAGCGACGACAAGCACACGUCGGUGGGUUUGAUUGA